GUCACUAACCAGGAACUAUCUGUCAAAAAAAAAAAAUCCAAACAACCAAAGCCUCACGUAACUGCUUCAGAUUUGUUCCUUGUACAGUGUAUAUAUAGCUUUAAAGGUUUGUGAUGGCUAGGAAGACUAAGAAAGAGGAAUAUUGCCGUUUCUUCACCGUCACAGAGCCGCGCGCACACGAGAAAGGACACACGGAAUAUAAAGUAACAGCAAGGUUUGUAUCAAAGAAGAGACCAGAGGAUGUGAAAGAAGUAGUGGUAUGGAGAAGGUACACUGAGUUGAAGAAGCUGCAUGGAGAGCUGUCUUACACUCAUAGGAACCUUUUUCGAAGACAGGAAGAGUUUCCCUCAUUUCCCCGAGCCCAGCUCUUUGGUCGGUUUGAUGAGGCGGUGAUUGAGGAGAGGAGGAAGGCAGCUGAAGCCAUGCUACAGUUCACUACAAACAUUCCUGCACUGUACAACAGUCCUCAGCUCAAAGAAUUCUUCCGGGGAGGAGAGGUGAGAAGACCAUUAGAUCAAUGCGUCUCUUCUUCUAGGAUUCUACCUCCCCCUCUCAUCCCUUUACCAAAUGGGGCCACCGGCCUGGGAGCUGAAGAGGAGACAGGGAGGGAGGCUCCGAUCUUGACCCAGGAACUAGAGUCUACGUUGGAUGACAAGGAGCUUGGCGAGCCUGAGAUGGCAGUGGAGGCUCUCAGUAACAUGGAGAUCAGCCCAGUAGAAGAGAGACAUACCGAGACAGAGAAAGAGGAAGCAGAAGCAAUUAUCUGCACAGAACAAACAACCAUAGCUCCCAGUUCCGAGCCUCUUGGAUCAUCAGCUGAUCAAUUAGAGUUUGAUUCACUCUUCGACUGUGUAUUGGAAGAGCCUGUGGAUGGUGCACAACCCCUUCUCUCAGACAAUGACCUAGCCAUCUUUGAUCCCUGUGCUAAAGAAGAUCAAGGCUGUGGAUCUCCUGAUCACUCUGAGCUUCUGUCCCUCAAACUGACCACCCAGGAUAGUGCAAUGUGUGGUGAGGAGGCAGACUAUGUGGUCCAGGCAAUCAGCGAGAUGAUGGCAGCCCAGGAGAGUGAGAAAGAGGGAGACCAGAGCACAGCAAUAAUGCGAUACAGAACAGCAGUGGAAAUCUUCAUGAAAGGAGUGCAAGGAGAUGUGGAUCUUCAGCAAAGGGAUGCAGUGAAGAGGAGGGUAGCUGAGUGCCUCGAGCAUGCAGAGCGGCUGCUCUCUUCACAGACUCCUACUCAACAGCGCAACACGUAGCGCACGAAUACAUACACACUCCUAACAUUACAGUAGUGAUAGAACCACCACACACACACACACACAGAAUUACAUACCUCUGCAACACUCCCAUGCUUAACUACAACUCAAGUGUUACUAUUCAACAUCCUACGACACAAAUGAACAGACUCUCGUACGCUUUCACUUUUCAUUCCUGCAUCUACUUAUAAGCUUCUCCUUACUCUCAGUCCCAACAGGUCUAUGCAUAAGAUAUGAGCACAAUUUUCUCAACACUAUGUUCCUUUCACCUUCUGGUAUUAAAAACUACUCGGACAGUGGACUGCCAUUUCCUUUCCAUGACAUGAUUUCAAAGAACACUGUAUAUUUAUAAGACCUGUAUUUGAAUGUAUUUUUAUUUUAAAAAAAUUAUUGUUAAAAUUUGCAAUGUCUUUCGUUUAUUUUAUUUUUUUUUGUCCUUUUGGAAAACAAGGAAAGUUAGUACAAGUGACUGAGUGUAAUUGCUUGACACUACCACCAGGUGUCACCACAUUAUGCAUCAUGUUCAAACUUUACUAUUACUACAGACUAAAUUAUAUUAAAUAUAUAAAUAUUAAAUAUAACAUAUAUAUAUAUAUAUUAAUACCUACUCAUCUCACACACAAUGUAGAUUAUCAGAUUACAUUUUUUGCUUGACUCAAGGCUUAUACAACUAACAAAACUGAAGCCUAUGGGUAGCAGUCAGCAUAAAUCUGCAGGCUGAAUGUCACACUUUUUUGAGUUGACAGGUCUGAAGGUGGGAUUUCAAGACAUU